UUUCCGAGUUAGUGAGCGAGAUAACCACCGAACUUGUAGCGUAUUUACGCACGCUAUACCCUGAACGGGGGCGCGCUCUCUUGGUCCCCUUCUUCCAAGUUCCAUCGUCAAAAUUGUGGCGGGAAAUCAAUCGAUCUCCCGCCAAAGUCUCUUGAGGGAUAACCUAGCUAUAACAUCUUUCCUCUAUAAAGAUCCAUCCCAUUUCCCCCCUCCUUGUUUCGUUCCCUUCCCCUUGCCCUAAAUUUUUCUAAACCCUAAUCGCGCCACAAGAGGAGGAGGAGGAGGAGUCCGAGUCCGAGAGAAGAGUGGUUGGAGAUGUUGGAGCUGCGGCUGGUGCAGGGGAGCCUGCUGAAGAAGGUGUUGGAGGCGAUAAGGGAGCUGGUGAACGAUGCGAACUUCGACUGCUCCGCGACGGGGUUCUCCCUGCAGGCCAUGGAUUCCAGCCACGUGGCGCUGGUGGCGCUCCUGCUCCGGUCGGAGGGCUUCGAGCACUACCGCUGCGACCGCAACCUCUCCAUGGGCAUGAACCUCAACAACAUGGCCAAGAUGCUCCGAUGCGCCGGCAACGACGACAUCAUCACCCUCAAGGCCGACGACGGCAGCGACACCGUCACCUUCAUGUUCGAGAGCCCCAAUCAGGACAAGAUAGCAGAUUUCGAGAUGAAGCUUAUGGACAUCGACAGUGAGCAUCUUGGCAUCCCGGAUGCCGAGUACCAAGCUAUCGUGAAAAUGCCCGCCGCCGAGUUCGCGAGGAUAUGCAAGGAUCUGAGCAGUAUUGGGGACACCGUUGUUAUUUCGGUGACGAAGGAAGGCGUGAAGUUUUCAACUGCUGGGGAUAUAGGAACUGCCAAUAUUGUAUGCCGGCAGAAUAAGACUGUUGACAAGCCUGAGGAAGCUACCAUCAUAGAGAUGCAAGAGCCCGUGUCCUUGACUUUUGCUCUGAGGUACAUGAACUCCUUCACCAAGGCAACACCUCUGUCUGAGACUGUGACCAUCAGCCUUUCAUCCGAGUUGCCGGUGGUGGUCGAGUACAAGAUAGCAGAAAUGGGCUACAUUAGGUUUUACUUGGCACCGAAGAUUGAAGAGGAUGAGGAGGAUAUGAAGUCAUAGGCUGUCAUCGUUACUUUGCUACGUCUAUUUUGGUCUUUUUCUUUUGCUUAGCUAGAUGUGUAUUGAUCUAAUGUCAAUUUGUUGGAGUCCUGAUAUGUUUUCUUUCAGUUCAUGAGUUGUCCUAUGGUUGUUUGGAGAGAACUGAUUGACCUUAUUUUCGUAAUUUCUACUAGCUUCAAACCUUCUCGAA